GACGAGCUUGUGCGCAGCAAAAGAAAUAACAGAAACACACAGAGAAGUGAGAGAGAAAGAGAGAGAGAGAAACUAGAGAGAGAAGAAAUGUCAAAGUUUCUUGGUUCUUCGUUAGUGGCGGUUACGAGUUUCUGUUGAUUUCUCUUCAACCUUAAGAAAACUUCAAAAUCUCCCAUCUCUAUCUACUCCGUUUCGUUCUAUAUCUCUUCUUUCUUCUUCUUCUUCUUUCUCCAAGAACCCUAAAUUUCGCUCCCUCCGACCACCGUACUGAAUUCUUCGGCUCGAUUCUGGUAUCUACAGUGGUGAUAGUCAGCUAUGGCCACUCCGGUUAACUCCAAUUCGAUUCAGCGAGUGAAGGUUUAUCGUUUGAAUGAGGAUGGUCAAUGGGAGGAUCGAGGAACUGGAUACGUUACUAUGGACUAUAUGGAGCGAUCGGAAGAACUCGGCCUAAAUGUCAUUGAUGAAGAUGAUAAUGCGACAUUGCUUGAACACCGCAUAAGCACUGAGAAUCUCUACAAGCAGCAAGAUGACACAAUCAUCUCAUGGAGUGACCAAGAGCUUUCAGCAGAGUUGGCUUUGAGCUUUCUAGAGACUGCCGGAUGCACUUACGUAUGGAAUCUAAUAUCCAGUAUGCAACAAGUUCUACAUUUCAAUGCUCUGAACGGCGAAACGUUUGACAACGUGAUCAGUGAGUUAGAGAAGCUUCCUGAUGUCAACCGUUCUAAUCUUCCCCUAAUACUCAAGAUUGUUACUAAAUAUGGCAGCGCCGAUAAGAUACGAUUAAUCGAUCUUAUGUUGAAGGAUGAUGCUUUCUUUCAGAAAUUGAUGGCUGUAUUUGAAGCCUGUGAGAUCAAAAACGAUGUUGAUGGCCUUCACAUCAUGUUCAAUAUAGUCAAAGAAAUCAUUUCGCUCAACAGUUCUCAGAUCCUGGAGAUUAUCUUAGGGGAUCAACUCUUGAUGAAACUUAUUGGGUGCCUUGAGUAUAAUCCCGAUGUUCCCAAGUCUCAACAACACCGGACUUUUCUGAGAGAGGAUGUUGUUUUUAAGGAGGUUAUACCAUUUACGAAUCCACUGGUUCUCUCGAAGAUACACCGAACAUAUAGAAUUCGUUAUCUGAAGGAUGUUGUUUUGAAGAAUGCACUAGAUGAUGCUACAUCCGCAAAUCUAGAUUUAGUAAUCAAUGCAAACAAUGCUGCUGUUGUUACACUGCUGAAGGAUGACAUCCAAGAAUUAUUUGCAAGGCUACAGUCACCUUCUACAUCUGAUGAAUCAAGGAAUAAUUUGGUAUUUCCUGCAUCCGUCAUAUCUAAGAUUAUGGUCUUUAUGUAA